CACGAGUCAAAAACAAAAUUAAAAAACGAGAGGAGAAAAGUAGUAGGAAGUAACGAGUAACGACACCCACACCGCACACCACUCCCCACUCCCCACUCAGUUCUCUUCCCUUCUCCCUAGCAAAAUGCUAUCUCCAUAAACCCUCAAAUCGCGGCAAUGACCACACUCCCCAACGUUCCACCCGAUAUGGAAAACGAAAUUGACACUGAUGCCCACCGAAACGGCGCCGUCGAAUCCCCCGACUCCAACCACCACACCGCAAAGAAACCCAAGCUCGCGACGCUCCCCAUUUCCGAGCCCUCGAUCCUCGACGAGUUCUCCCACCACCAGCGCGGCGUCGCGCGCAUCAACAACGGCAGCUUCGGCAGCUGCCCCCGCUCCGUCCUCGCCGCCCAGACCGCCUGGCAGCUCCGCUUCCUCCAGCAGCCCGACGACUUCUUCUUCAACGUGCUCCGCCCCGCCAUUCUACGCUCGCGCACCGCCAUCAAAGACAUCAUCAAUGCCGACCACGUCGACCGCGUCUCCCUCGUCGACAACGCCACCACCGCCGCUGCCAUCGUCCUCCAGCAGAUCUCCCGCCGCUCCGCCCAAGGUCACUUCCAGCCAAACGACACCGUUAUAAUGUUCCACUGCGCCUACCAGGCCGUGAAGAAAUCCAUCGAGGCCUACGUCACCCCGAUCGGCGGCUCCGUCGUCGAGGUCCAGCUCCCCUUCCCCGUCCGCUCCAACGAGGAAAUCGUCUCCGAGUUCAAGAAAGGCCUCGAGAAAGGUAAACUCAACGGCGGAAAAGUUAGGUUAGCGAUAAUCGAUCACAUUACGUCCAUGCCUUCCGUCGUUCUCCCCGUUCGCGAACUGAUUAAAAUUUGCAGAGAGCAAGGAGUGGAACAGGUUUUCGUCGACGGCGCUCACGCCAUUGGAAGCGUCCGCGUCGACGUGAAGGAAAUCGGGGCUGAUUUUUACGUCAGCAAUUUGUACAAGUGGUUUUUCUCGCCACCUUCGGUGGCGUUUUUGUAUUGUAAGAAUAAUUCAAACGACGUGCACCACCCUAUCGUUUCGCAGGAGUACGGAAAGGGGUUACCGUUUGAGAGUGCGUGGGUUGGGAUGCGUGACUAUAGCCCCCAGCUCGUGGUGCCGUCGAUUUUGGAAUUCGUGAAUCGGUUUGAGGGUGGGAUUGAUGGGAUUAUGAAGAGAAACCAUGACGGGGUUGUGAAAAUGGGAAGCAUGCUGAAGGAGUCUUGGGGAACGGUUCUAGGGUCGCCUCCUGAGAUGUGUGCUAGCAUGAUUAUGGUGGGGUUGCCUUCUAGGCUCUGUGUGAAGAGUGAUGAUGAUGCCUUGAGGUUAAGGUCGUAUCUUAGGGUUUACCAUGCAAUUGAAGUUCUUGUGUAUUACCAGGCUUUGAGGAAUGAUGACAGGGAUCCCAGGGACAAGGACGGGUUUAUAACCGGUUAUGUUAGGAUAUCUCAUCAAAUUUAUAAUACUGUUGAUGAUUAUCAUAGGCUUAAGACUGCUAUUAAUCAGCUUUUGGACGAUGGGAAAGUUUGCAGCGGUCUUCUUAAGGAGUGAUUUGAAAGAAGAGGAAGAAGGAGGUGUAGGUUUUAUCUUCAGCGGCAUUUUGUGAGUAAUUGAAUAUGUUAAACUGUUGGAGCCCAGGUGGAAUAACCUAUACAAGUUAAACUAUGUAUGCCGGGUCCCGUAAUUAUUGAAGAAUAAAAGAGGAUUUUACUGGAGGGUGCCACAGAGUUCAGUAGGGAUUCUGACCGUUACAUAAUGAAAGUAAGAAAGCUGAUUAUUUUCGACGUCUAUCUUUUGGGACUGUGCAGCAUUCUUUAGUUCUUCUAGUGGAUUUAAAAUGAGUUUCAUUCAUGAGUUAACAGCCACUUAAUCAUUGGCUACCGCUUUGUAUCUUGACUCUUGAGGUUUGCUUUUUAGUAACUGGAGCAAAGCAUGUUUAAAUCCUGCUUUGGCGCUGAAAUCCGAUGGUGGAUAACUACUCUGUAAGAACUAAGGUCUAACAAAUGGUUGUAACCACCAGUUUAAAUUCAAUUUUCUUUACUAAUCAACGCAGGGAAUUCAGAAAUGAGUAUUUCCAAUAUUUGUAACUACAUGUAAAAUUGAUACCUUUUAAUGUUGUAGUGUGCUGCUAUACUGCUAGUGUAUUUAUCAUUCAUUAACACAAUCUAUAGAGAUCGUUGUUGCCA